AUGGAAAAAAAUGCGCAUGGGCUACUAGCCGAUGCAGAUUCACCGAAGGCCCAUCGGCACAUACGCAAUACAUUGAAAGUGAACAAAUUGAGUAGUGCGCUUAUGUUUAUGGCAGUUGUUACGCCCGUAAUGGUUUUGGUUUCGUUUUACAGCGCAAAGCUUGAAGCAGUGCGGGAAAAGUGGGUGGAUCCGUAUGAGUUGCCACCCGGCUUUAAUCCCAAAACGGGAAGGUUUAUGUCUGACAGUAAACCUCAAGGGGUAACGGAGCCGCCGGCGCCACUUCUGCUGCGGGGCGCUGUGCCAGGGGCAACACGGCAAUGA